UACGAUCACUAGCGAUCAAAUCAUGCCUGGUUUAGAAUUUUGUAUUUCCCAAGAAAAGACGUGUUGACUUGGAAUAUAUGUACAUACAUAAGUACUUGUACGGUAAAAAUGAAUUCUAAUCGAGAUAGUUGCUUUACUUUUGGUGAAGGAAUUGAGUACGUUUUAAGCGCAUUAUCAUUUCCCGAUAAUACAAAAGCUACUUUCAACGCUGAUGCGCAAAUAAUAGAAAAUACCGUCGUGAACGCUAUGGCAAGUUACGAUCCACUGUUCCGAACUGCAUUUAAAGGUCUAAGCUUGGGCGGCAGUUACUUGGAUGGCAUUCGGAUUGGUUUACCGGAUGAGUUCGAUAUGCACGUUAAAACUGAAUUGAAUUGCAGUCUAACCCCAGUUUCUGCCCGUCCGGGAUUCAUCUUUCUACGUGCCGACGGUAAGGAUCAUCACUGUAUAAAGCACGUUGAUGGCGAGGGAUUCUUUGUUGAUCGUCUUGCGGUGCAGAGUUGGUUCCGCGACAACAUUACGGCCGUAAUGCCAAAAUUGCAGAAUAUACGCUGCAGUGAUGGACGAGCCUACAGCAUGGAAUAUACGGCUCAUGGCUAUGGAGUAGCCCACACAAUGUUGGCAACUGAGCAUCGUAAUCAUCGCCGCCAGAUCUCGUUUGAUUUUGUGCCUGUAUUUGUGUUCGAACCAAAUCAAUGGCCACGCGACCAACGAAAAUACCCCAAAGGCAAUCGCGAGUGGUUUGCGGUGCCUCGCAAAUAUUUUGACAAACCUGAAGCCCAAGAUCCCAGAUCUUUCAUUUUAUGCGCCCCUUUCUGGGAGCGUUUGGUGCUGCAUAAGAAACAAAAUCUCAAGGACUCGCUGCGUCUGAUGAAGGCGUUGCGUAAUGCCAACGAAAUGAGCGGCCUCGUUAGCUACCACCUUAAAAGUAUUUAUCUCAAUGCGGCGGACGAGAAGUUGGUAACCUGGAAUCAGGCACCAGGACGCAUUCUAAUACGCAUGAUGGUCAAUUUGCUGCAUGCCGUGAGACUUAAUAACUUGCCCUUCUACUUAGCGCCUGAUCACAACAAUCUCGACAAGCUGAGCGAGAAGCAGAGGCAAGAAUAUGUGCGAAUUCUGAACAAAAUUGUGAACAAAUUGAUACGACGUCGAGAUGCUAAUUACUUAACUGGAGAAGAUCUCUAUCAGUUGUUUGGCGUCGAAGUGAAGUGACAAGGACUUGUAAUUGGAUUAUUUGUAUUAAGUAUAUUUUUAUUAUUUUUUGCUUUGCACGUGUUAUAAAGCAUUUAAAGUUAGAAUUUAGGCAAAAGUUCGCUAAUUAGCCAAAAAACCGUCUUUAUCUGUUUCUGAAAUAUGGCAGCAUUUCAAUACUCUUUUUGUAUUUCUGUAACUCUAUCGCGCUCUCUAUGAAUAAUUAAAUGAACAUACAAACUAGCAAGUAACUUGCAGCAGGUACGUUGAGGCCUUGUUAAUAAA